AUGACCACGCUGGUGCGCGACGAGAUCUGUGAACCUGUGGAUCUUGUCCAUAUGUUAAACUAUGUCGCUGAACCCGUCACAUUGCUCGACGGCAGCCCCGGCGCGACGCGCGGCGGCAGCCUCGGCAUGACGCACGCGGCGCUGGCGCUGACGAUGGCCGUGGUGGUGGCCUCGGCGCUGCGCGUGAAUCUGCCGUCGUCCGCGACGGCAACCGCGGCGGAUGCUGGGACGGCAACCGUGCCGGCCGUGACGGCAACCAUUGGCCCCGUGGGGACCGACCAGUGCCUGGCGCUGGCGGACAUCACGCUCCACUCCAUGCUUGGAUACACGUGCCGUUCUCCCGGAUACUUCUGGAAGCUUCCAGCCGUUACAGCUGCCGCCACCACAGAAAACGGCGCGGAUUUUACCGCCCCUCGUCUCCGCCGCCAUCAUAGCUUCUCAGCUCCAUCUCCAAGGGUCGCCCUGGAGCUUGAUCUCCCGCCGCAACAGGUCCUGCAGCUCACAGACCUCGCCGCCGCCAUCCACCGCGCAGCGGCGGCCGCUACCGUGCUCUCCACGCCCUCUCCGUCCUCCCACGCCGGCGCCGCGGUGGCCGCCCUCCGCGACGCCCACGCCGCCAUCGGUUCCUUCCUCUCCAGACUCGACGCGGCCGCCGCGUUGUCCUGCGACGAUCAGCCCAUGGCGGAGGGCGGCCAGGUGCCGGCGGAAGACGGUGAUGGGGAGCACAUGGUCGGGGAAGUGGAGGAGGAGCUCCGGGACUUCGUCCUGCAGGGGAGCAAGAGGCGGAAGCGGCCCGUGCCGCCGUCGUGGCCCCUAGGACGCCGCAAGAGCGGCGGUUGCGAGGCCGCAGAGGCCGCCGCCGCGCCGGAGCUGGACGUCGAGGGGCGGCGGCGCGCGGCCAUGGAUCUACUGCUACAGUUCCAUGCUUGAUGCGUAGGAGGAAUGGGUUUACAAGCGCCUGCCAAUCGUUGCUUGCUGCCAGGAGCAAUGGUUUUCGACAAUGUUUGUGGGUCAUCCUGUUCUUCAGAGAUGCAGGCAAUCACACAGAGUACACAGUACGGGCGGUUGG